AAAGUAACUCCACCCCCAGCAGUGCCAUUUCAAGUACCGAGACUCUCGUUGCCAUCAUUCACGAAAUCUCCUCCCAAUGAAUUGUACAGGAAGCUAUUACCGGCACUGCUGUUUAUAUUAACUUUCGUGACCGUGAUGACAAUGCUUCUCAUUUAUAUGGAUACAUUUGCUCUAGGUGCCCAGCAAUUCCGGCUAAACAUGACCAAAGAUAAGGAGCUGGCCAGUAUCUCUGCCGAGUCUCCGACCCUGGUUGCGUAUGUGAGACAACUACAUCUUGCUCCGAGACCACCUCGAACACCGCCACCUCCACCCACACCGACUCCUAGAGUUGCCGUGCUGGAUAGCAUAUUGGGAGAAAUACACAACGGUACACUAGUGGAGUUCCUGCCUCGGGGUCCGAGAGACUCCACCGCUGCUUACUUGGAGACAGCUCGUGGCUGGGGCGGAGUCGCCGUCCGCGCUGCCCCCAGAGACUACCUGGCGUUGCGGGGCGCGGCCCGGGCCCUGCACGCCUGCCUCAGCCCUACCGACCACCCACGAGUGGUGAGCUACGAGGAGGCGGAGCACGGCGGCGGCGUGUUCCGCUCGCGCGUGCUGUGCCUGCCGCUGCUGACGGUGCUGCUGGCGGCGGACGCGGCGCGCGCGCACUACACGGCGCUGGCCGGGCCCGCCGCGCCGCCCGCGCUGCUGGCGCUGCCCUUCCGCCGCCUGCGACUGCGGGUGCGUGUAAUCGAUUACCGCUCGACCGACCCCGUCGCCCUGAACAAGACAACGCAGAUCCUUGAGGCGAACAACUACACCGUGGCUGCCACCUUCGACGAUGGUAUCAUGUAUGCCCUCAAAGACGCUGGGGAGAACUGAAAAUCAUUCGCAUAA